GGUGGGAAGGGAAGGCGGCCAGGCCCAGGUCUGCAGUUCAGCCGAGCCGGCCCACAAACCUACAGAUGCACUCCCGAGCCUGCUUUAGGGCUCUGUUUUUCGUUGCCAUGGGGCACAGCCUUGCCAACUGGCUCUGCCUGGUGUCCUUAGGCUUGGGGCUCUGGUCCGGAGGUGUGAGCGCAACACCGCUGUCUUUGGCCAAGCUCCAAAGCACCUGUUCUCUGGAGGGGAUAGGGAUCAAAGGUGGCUCCUUCCAACUUCUCCAAGAGGGCCAGGCCCUGGAGUAUGUGUGUCCCUCAGGGUUCUACCCAUACCCUGUACAGACUCGAACCUGCAGGCCCACAGGGUCCUGGAGCACCCUGAAGACUCAAGACCAAAAGGUCGUCAAGAAGGCGGAGUGCCGAGCGAUCCGCUGUCCAAGGCCUCAGGAGUUUGAGAACGGGGACUACUGGCCGAGGUCUCUCUACUACAAUGUGAGCGAGGAGAUCUCCUUCCACUGCUACCAUGGUUACACUCUCCGGGGCUCUGCCAAUCGCACCUGCCAAGCCAACGGCCGGUGGGAUGGGCACACAGCCAUCUGCGAUGACGGAGCGGCAUACUGCCCCAACCCUGGCAUCCCCAUUGGCACAAGAAAGACGGGCAGCCGAUACCGCCUUGAAGACACCGUCACCUACUCCUGCAACAGAGGGCUCACACUGCGUGGCUCCCAGCAGCGACAGUGCCAGGAAGGCGGUUCUUGGAGUGGAACAGAACCUUCCUGCCAAGACUCCUUCAUGUAUGACACCCCUCAGGAGGUGGCCGAGGCCUUCCUGUCUUCCCUGACAGAGACCAUAGAAGGGGUUGAUGCAGAGGACGGGCACAGCCCAGGUGAACAACAGAAGCGGAAGAUCGUCCUGGACCCUGCCGGCUCCAUGAACAUCUACCUGGUGUUGGACGGCUCAGACAGCAUCGGAGCCAGCAACUUCACAGGGGCCAAGAGGUGCCUGGCCAGCUUGAUUGAGAAGGUGGCAAGUUACGGGGUGAGGCCCAGGUAUGGUCUGGUGACGUACGCCACAGAGCCCAAGGUCUUGGUCUGGGUGUCACAGGAGAAGAGCAGUGACGCAGACUGGGUCACGAAGCAGCUCGAGCAGAUCAGCUAUGAAGAUCACAAGUUGAAGAGCGGCACGAACACUAAGAGGGCCCUCCAGGCCGUGUACAGCAUGAUGGGCUGGGAAGGGGAAAAUCCUCCUGAGGGCUGGAACCGCACCCGCCAUGUCAUCAUCCUCAUGACAGAUGGCCUGUACAACAUGGGCGGUGACCCAGUCACGGUCAUUCACGACAUCCGGGACUUGCUGGACAUUGGCAGGGACCGCAAGAACCCAAGGGAAGAUUACCUGGAUGUGUACGUGUUUGGGGUGGGGCCCCUGGUGGACCAAGCGAAGAUCAAUGCUCUGGCUUCCAAGAAGGACAACGAACAACACGUGUUCAAGGUCAAGGACAUGGAGCAUCUGGAGGACGUCUUCUUCCAAAUGAUUGAUGAAAGCCAGUCUCUGGGGCUCUGUGGCAUGGCGUGGGCGCACAGGAAGGGGACCCAGUACCACAAGUACCCGUGGCAGGCCAAGAUCUCAGUCACGAGGCCGCAGAAGGGGCACGAGAACUGCAUGGGGGCGGUGGUGUCGGAGUACUUCGUGCUGACGGCGGCUCACUGCUUCACCGUGGAGGACCAGAAGCACUCCAUCAAGGUCAAUGUGGGAGGGAAGAGGCAGGACCUGGAGAUAGAAGAAGUCCUGUUCCACCCGAAGUACAACAUCAAUGGGAAGAAGGAGCGAGGGAUUCUGGAAUUUUACGACUACGAUGUGGCUUUGAUCAAGCUCAAGAAUAAGCUGGCAUUUGGCAAGACUCUCAGGCCGGUGUGCCUCCCCUGCACCAAGGGAACGACUCGAGCUCUGCGGCUUCCUCAGACAGCUACUUGCCAGCAACACAAGGAAGAGCUGCUCCCUGCAAAGGACAUCAAGGCCCUGUUUGUCUCUGAGGAACAGAAGAAGCUGACUUGGAAGGAGGUCUAUAUCAAGAAUGGAGAGAAGAAAGCCAGCUGCGAGAGGGACGCCAGGCACGCCCCGGGCUAUGACAAGGUCCAGGACAUCUCUGAGGUAGUCACACCCAGGUUCCUGUGCACCGGCGGAGUGGACCCCUACGACGACCCCAACACCUGCAAAGGGGAUUCUGGCGGCCCUCUGAUCAUCCACAAGCGGAGUCGCUUCAUCCAGGUUGGCGUGAUCAGCUGGGGAGUGGUGGACGUCUGCUAUGACCAGAAACGGCGACAGCAGGCACCCGCUUACGCCCGGGACUUUCACGUCAAUCUCUUCCAAGUGCUGCCCUGGCUCAAGCAGAAACUCAAAGAUGAGGAUCUGGAUUUCCUAUAGGUGUUUCCUGCUGGAAGGGGCACCGGGUCCAAUUAAAACAGCUGCGAUAAUCA